CAACGAGUCUGGACGAGACCUGCAAACUCUUUGAUGACAUCAGUAUGAGUAAAAAAAUGUAAUUACUUUGACAGCGAAGCAACACGUCGACACGUGCUCCAGGUAGCAUAUUAAAUACCCCUGAAACUUUGGGAUUUACUUCCACUCGCCCUCCCAUGCACACGGGCAGUUUAAGGUCGCUCCCAAGUUUCUGAUGCCAGUGGGAUCUUCAGCCUACCUCCAGUUCGCAGCUAAUCGUCAUGUUGGAUGCGUUUGCCCCGCAGAGCGCCGGUGUGCCCAUCUCCAGCGCAGACCUCCAGCUCAAACUGACAGAAAACAAGAGCGGCCUGGCCGCAGCCGGAAUAGGGAUGGAGAACGGCACUGGGAAGAAACUCAUGGAGAUAACUGGACCGGCUUUAUCCAAAAGAAAACUUCUGGUCGGCUUAGACCUGCUCUGCCUCUUCCUUGCUUCCAUCCCUUUCUUUGCAUGUGAGCUAAAGGCUCUGAGUCCUUACAGAAGGGGUUUCAUUUGCGGGGACCCCAGCAUCACUUAUCCUUAUCUGCACAGAGAAGCCAUAUCAGAUGAAUUACUCAUCACGGGUGGCAUCAUCAUCACCGGCCUCACAAUCGCCCUCGGGGAGUGUUACCGAGUGCGUUUCCACAGUGUCAGCUCUAAGGCCUUUGUCAAGAACCUAUACGUGUCCUGUCUGUACAAGGAGCUGGGCUGCUUCCUGUUUGGAUGUUGUGUUGGCCAAUCAUUGACCAACAUGGCCAAGCUCAGUGUGGGACGGCUACGGCCAAACUUCCUGUCAGUGUGUGGCAUUACCUACGCAUCACUCAAUUGCACACCUGGAACCUACAUUGAAACAGUGACUUGUCACCAGUCUGACCACCAGUUAGAGGAGGAAGCCAGGAAGUCCUUUUUCUCUGGCCAUGCUUCUUUUGCAAUGUACACAAUGCUCUAUUUAGCAUUUUACCUGCAGGCACGGCUGACAUGGCGCGGGGCUCGGCUGCUGAGACCCAUGCUGCAGUUUUUCUUGGUUAUGUUGGCAGUCUACACAGGUCUGACCCGUAUCUCGGACUAUAGGCACCACCCAUCUGAUGUACUAACAGGCUACAUACAGGGAGCUCUCACUGCCUACUGGGUGGCCUUCCACAUUUCAUCUAUGUUUAAAAGCUCCAGUUCUGAUCUCUGUCCGACUGAGACCCCUGACAGCCCCCUGUCACCCCACCAUACUGUCUGCUAAACAUCACUCCCACUCACCACUGAACGUACCUACAUCCACCUGCUGCCAGAAGACUGGUUUGGACAGACAAGAGAUUUGAAGAAUGCAAGACCAUUUCCUGUGAAAUCAAACUACAUACCUCAGUAUUUUGACAGAGUGGGAGGAGAAGAGGAAAGCAGACUUUAUGAAAUACUGUCAGUGAGAAAAUACUGCAUGAACUAAGAGACAGGAAGAGGGAAGGGGCCUAAAACUCUGCAAGGUCCUCAGAUUUUGUCAUGUUUAAAGUAAGCAGUCAACAUUUUGUCCUUGAAACUGAUCUUAGCUCCACAUGUAACGCUGACCUGUGAGAUGAGACUGAAAACAAGACUGAACGCACAGACACCGCUAUCACUCCACAUAUCACCUGUAAAUAUAUACUUUUUUGUUUACAAUUCAAACUGUACUGCAAAAGCACUUUUUGAUUUCCAUACUACUGUUAUUAAUUAGCACUCUGCAAUGACUUGGUAUGUAAUGUAGGAUGUAAUGGGUUUUUUUUAUACAAAAUUUGAUUAUAUUGUGUAGUUUGUUUGUACAACUCAUUGAAUGUUGUUGAAGGAAAGCACAAAUAGCAAGACAGCAACUCAACUGUAAGGUUUUGUACCACGAGAUUUCAUAAGAUGCAUCCAUCCAUACGUUACAUACAGUAAGUAAGAGAAUCACUACAAACUGUUUAAACAAAAACUUUAUGAUUUAUGAAAGAGGAUGAAUGCCACUAGUUCUCAGACCUUUAUAAAGUUAUGUAUGAUUGUAGAUCACUUACCAAUCCAUGAGCACACAUUAAAAAUAAAAGUGUUUUUUUUUUUUUCAUUAUUACAUGUAUUUGUUUUGGCCACUUGGGGGCACCGCUGCAAACUUGUAAAACAUUUACAUAAGGAGAGAAAGAGCAUGUCAUCAUUAAUUUGGACUUAAGUGUUGCCAGAGAAUUGGAAGUCCAAUUAUCUUUCUCUUUUAGCUUUGGUUUGGUCUUCCCAGACUCCACGGGGAGGAUCCAAAAUUUUCAGCAAGUCACUAACUCUGUCUUCCUGCUGUUUGGUGCUGGG